CACUAAACAAGCCCACAUCUUUGAAACGCACCAAACUACGUCGUGUAACUUCAGUGGGUCCACUUUUAACUGCUGACUAGACCCAACAAAUUCACCUCCUUUAAGCAAAACAAAAUUAAUUAAAAAAAAAAAGACGCAAAGUCGUCUUGUUGCAGGAAAACAUUUUUUUCAACAUUUUCCUGCAAAUUUUGUCGAUCAAAUUGAACAAAAAAACCGCCAUUUUUGUGUUCUUCAAGCUUCAACUUCACAAUCUCAUUUCAAAACCCUAAUUUAUCGAAUUACGAGAAAAAGAGGGAAAAUUUGGUAGUCGGAAGGUAGAAGAAGAAGAAGAAGAUGUGGGUGUUUUACCUGAUAUCGUUGCCGAUGACAUUGGGGAUGGUUGUAAUAACCCUAAAAUACUUUGCUGGACCUCAUGUUCCUCGAUAUGUCUUCCUUACUGUUGGUUAUGCUUGGUUUUGUUCUCUUUCUAUUAUCAUUCUUGUCCCUGCCGACAUUUGGACGACAGUUAAUGGUCACUACAAUGGGGUCAUUUCAUUCUUGUGGAGCUGGUCGUAUUGGAGCACAUUUUUGUUAACUUGGGCUGUGGUGCCCCUUAUCCAGGGUUAUGAAGAUGCUGGAGACUUCACAUUGACGGAAAGAUUAAAAACAAGUGUACAUGUGAACCUUGUCUUUUAUCUUAUCGUUGGAUCUAUUGGUCUUCUUGGACUGAUACUUCUUUUCACUAUGCGCAGAAAGCUGAAAGGAGGUGUUCUUGGUUUUGCAAUGGCUUGUUCAAACACGUUCGGACUUGUUACUGGAGCCUUUUUACUCGGUUUUGGUUUAAGUGAAAUUCCCCGAAGCCUCUGGAAGAAUGCAGACUGGACAUUUCGGCAGAAACUAUUGUCCCAUAAGAUUGCAAAAAUGGCUUCGAAACUGGAUGAGGCUCAUCAGAACUUCUCAAAUGCAAUUGUGGUUGCUCAAGCAACCUCUAAUCAAAUGUCGAAGCGUGAUCCUUUACGGCCUUACAUGGAUGUAAUUGAUAAGAUGUUGACUGAAAUGUUCAAAGAAGAUCCAUCCUUCAAGCCUCAAGGAGGGAGAUUGGGUGAAAAUGACAUGGAUUAUGAUGCAGAUGAUAAAUCAAUGGCUCAGCUUAGGCGUCAACUUAGAGUAGCACAAGAGGAGUAUUAUCGGUACAAAAGUGAAUAUAUGACAUAUGUCUUGGAGGCCCUUGAGUUGGAAGACACCAUCAAAAACUAUGAACGACGUCAUGCUAAUGGAUGGAAAUUUAUUUCAAGCCUGAGAGGCAGUCGUCCUGGCAGAAUUGGCUCCUUCUUAGAUACUAUUGAGCUAUUAUGGCGCUGUAUCUUGAGGAAGCAAUUACAGAAACUUUUGGCUAUCGUACUUGGUUGCAUGUCAGUGGCAAUUCUUUUGGCUGAAGCGACGCUACUUCCCAAUGUUGAUCUGUCUCUUUUCUCAAUCCUCAUCAAAUCUGUGGGAAGACGGGAGUUAUUUGUGCAGGUCUUUGCAUUUAUUCCUCUGAUGUACAUGUGCAUAUGUACAUAUUAUUCAUUGCUCAAAAUUGGAAUGCUGAUGUUUUACUCACUAACGCCAAGACAAACAAGCUCUGUCAACCUGCUUAUGAUUUGCUCGAUGGUUGCUCGUUAUGCCCCACCAGUCUCUUACAAUUUUCUGAAUCUUAUCCGCCUUGAUGGGAAUGCUAAAACUAUCUUUGAAAAGCGAAUGGGCAACAUUGAUGAUGCUGUCCCCUUUUUUGGGAGGAGAUUUAACAAAAUUUACCCUCUCAUUAUGGUUGUCUACACAAUUCUGGUUGCUAGUAACUUUUUUGAUCGGGUGAUGAAUUUUUUUGGAAGUUGGAAAAGACUCAGGUUUCAAAGUGAAGCUGAAGACUUGGAUGGUUUUGAUCCAUCAGGAAUGAUCAUCUUGCAGAAAGAACGUUCUUGGCUUGAACAAGGACACAAAGUUGGUGAGCAGGUUAUACCAUUGGCAAGAAACUUUAAUGGUCUCAGCGUGGAUGUUGAGACUGGCAUAAAGUCGAAGGGCGAUCCUGCUGUUGAGAUGAAAGGAUCUUCAUCCAUGAAUGAUAUUAAAGGCAGUAUGGGGAAAACAUCAAAAUCUGAAGCUUGGCAAUCUAUUGGGAACAGGGAGGUGAUUGGCCACAAGUAUGCUGUAAUGAGAGAGCAGAACAAGCAAACAUCCAGCUCAAAACCUGCAGAGAAUACUAUAGCUGCCGCAAAGGUCUCGUUGUUGAAUUCUGAGACUUCCAGUUCAGCAAAUGACCUAAGACGCACAUCUUCUGGCAUGUCUUCCACAUGGCAGUCAAUGAAAAUGGGUUUUAACAAUUUCAAGACAAACCUUGAGGCAAAGAAAUUUCUUCCUCUAAAACAAUCCCAGGAACCAAAACUUCUCUCCCAUAAUUCUUCUUCUGAGUCUCUGGAUGAAAUAUUCCAGAGAUUGAAACGUCCUACUGUAGAUAGCACAACAUAUGUUUACGAUGAUGAUUACGAUGAUGAUAAUGAUACUGAGAUUAGGAAGUCAGGUUCAAAAAGAUGACAUUCUGUGUAAUUAAGAGCUACUCCCUAUAUGUAUAGGAACUGUGUCGCAGGCAGAGUGCUUGAGAUCAUUGUAUAGGUCUUAGUGAAAAGGUCAAAUGCCCGCGCAUGAGCUCACAAAUUUUUGCUGCACCCUGUGAUUCUGCUGUUGUGGGAUUAUUUGCUGUUGCCAUAUUGCAGCUGAUUAACUAGAACUGACUCAUAGGGUAACAAUGAAUUAUGUAUACAUUGUGAAAGAUGAUUCAUACCCUGAAGAAACCCAAUACACGAGAAAAUAUUUUUGUAUACUUAUAUGAAAGCAUAUUAGGUUUGGUACUUUUCCUAUAAUAGCCAAUUUUGUAUGUGUAUCUGGAAAUCGAUAUAUACUAGUGAAAUUUGUUUUCAACUGGGGCUUCUUCGCCCCACAUCCCUAA